ACGGUGCACCUUCAUUUGGCAGAGCACAAAAGAGAGAGCCAGAGAGAAAAGAAAAGCCUGGACAAUGGAAUCACUGUUCUCUGAACUAACCCUGGACUGUUUGGACGGCAGGGGUUUUCUGAUAUUUCUGUUUGUUUUUCUGUUGUUGGCUGAGGUUUUGAAGAACAGAGUUCCGAAAACAUAUCCUCCUGGUCCCUGGCCUCUUCCAUUUCUUGGAGACCUGCUUCGCAUAAAACCUCGAGAAAUUCAUCUGCAGUUCACAGAGUUUGCAAAGAAAUAUGGGAACAUUUUCAGCAUUCAUAUCUUUGGGGAAAGAGCUGUGGUAAUUAGUGGGUACAAACUUGUGAGAGAAGCCUUGGUGGAGAAAGGAGAUGACUAUGUAGAUCGCCCCAGCAUCCCACUCUUUAUGGACACAAUUGGGAACAGAGGUAUUUUGGUAUCAAAUGGCUACCUGUGGAAACGGCAAAGGAGAUUUGCUCUACAUACACUCAGGAACUUUGGAUUGGGCAAGAAAGCUCUGGAGUUAUCUAUCCAACAGGAGUGCAACUAUCUCACUGAGGCCUUUGCCCUCUUCCAAGGCCAGCCUUUCACACCUAAGGAACUGAUGCACAACGCUGUGUCGAACAUCAUUUGCUGUUUGGUGUUUGGAAAACGCUUUGAGUACAGCAACAAACAACACAAAUCUAUGCUAACUAACCUCAGUGAAAUACUUUACCUAGAAGGAACUUUAUGGGCGCUGAAUUAAAACACGAUGCCCUGGCUGAUGAAAUGGCUACCUGGAAAACACCAGAAGAUUUUCACUCUGACACGACAGCUGCUGGAUGAUAUACGGCUCAAGAUCAAUGAGCACAAAGAAAAUUAUGAUCCUUCAUCUCCAAGAGAUUAUAUCGACUGUUUCCUAAAAGAAAUGGGAGAGGAAGAAGAUGAAGAAUCUGGUUUUGAUCUCAAAAAUUUGUGUGUUAGUACCUUGGACCUGUUUGCUGCUGGAACAGAGACUACUGCCACUUCUAUACUCUGGGGACUGCUGUACAUGAUGUACUACCCUCACAUACAAGAGAAGGUCCAGGCUGAGAUGAUAAUUGGUUCAUGCAGACCACCGUCUGUGAGUGACAGAGAAAAUAUGCCGUACACCAAUGCAGUUAUCCAUGAGAUCCAGAGAAAAGGCAACAUUCUGCCCCUUAGCGUGGGUCACAUGACAGUCAAGGACACCGCACUGGACAAAUACAUAAUUCCAAAGGGUACCAUUAUUUUGCCCAUGCUGCACUCGGUUCUGAACGAUGAGUCCAUGUGGGAGACUCCACACGCCUUCAACCCUGAACACUUUCUGGACCAGGAUGGCAAAUUUAGGAAGAGAGAGGCCUUUCUUCCUUUUUCAGCAGGCAAACGUGUGUGUCUUGGAGAACAGCUGGCUAAGAUGGAGUUAUUCCUCUUCUUUACCUCCCUCCUCCAGAGGUUCUUGUUCUUUGCACCUGCGGGAGAGGAGCCCAGCCUGGACUACAAUUUAGGAGUAACUCUCUGCCCCAAACCUUACCGCCUCUGUGCCACACUGCGCUAAAGCAACACAGCAAAAUCCCCAGUGUUAAAUUAACACCUGUCUAUAUGUAUCCAGUCUUUUCAGUGUUAAAUUACUCUGAAGAAAAAUAUAAACGCAACACUUUUGUUUUUGCUCCCAUUUUUCAUGAACUUAACACAAAGAUCUAAAACAUUUUCUACAUACAAAAAAGACCUCUGGAUUCCUCUCAAAUAUCCUUCACAAAUCGGUCUAAAUGUGUGUUAGGGAGCGCUUCUCCUUUGCCAAGAUAAUCCAUCCCACCUCACAGGUGUGGCAUAUCAGGAUGCUGAUUCAACAGCAUAAUUAUUGUACAAGUGUGCCUUUAACACAAAUAGUGUUAAACUGAGGCUUUCAACAGCCUUAAUUUAACACACAAAAGAGCUUAUACAUAGAAUUUUUCUAGUGUUAAUUUGCAAUCAAAAUGUUUUUAUUUAUUUUCUUUUAUAUAGCGCCAAAUCACAAAAAAAGUUGCCUCAAGGUGCUUCACACAAGUAAGGCCUAACCUUACCAACCUUACCAAUCACGACAUAAAAAAACCUGCAAAAAGGAAAACAAUGGAGUAGUGUUUAAUUUACAACAACAAUGUGUAAAAUGUGGAAGGAAACUGAACUGUGAAUUUAACAGUACAAAUACUCGUAUGUUAAAAUAAUCAUAUAACAUUGUGGAAUUUACAAUGACUGUAGUUUAAACACAGAAAAACCGUAACACCAAAAACUGCACAAUACAUUUUGACUUUACAGAUUAGAAUUUUCACAUAUACGUACGGCAAAACACUAAUAAUUAAGGGUUUGAAAAAAGAGGUGAUGUGUCUGUUUAAUCUUAAACUACAUUAUGAGGAUAUUUAAACAUAAGGUGACUGUUUUGCAGAGAUUUUGUCUUCUAAAUAGACAAUAAAAUUACAACAGGUUUACACUGUAAAAUGUACAUAUUUUUGUAAAUAUUGUUAUUAUGGUUUAUGUUAGUUUAAACGUGCUGUUAGUGUCAUUGAUUUAUUGUGUUUUUGUAGCUCAAUUGGUUUAGUUAGUUUAGAUGAGUCUCAUGUUGCUAUUACCACCUGCUUACAGCAGCUGUGCGUGUGUACCUGUUGUUAACUACUUUCUUAACUCACACCAUUCCAGCAGGGGGCAGUAAGUCAUCUUUAUAUUAAAAACGUGAGUUUGGUGAGUGAUUUUAAGUUCAAUGUAAGUA